CACACACACGCGUAGUAUAAGAAAUACAAAGCAGAAGUGGACAAAAACCCAGGUCUUCAGUCGUUGUGGUUGGCUAUGGCUCAGGGGUCUGACAGCAACGACACAAGCUACAAGUCCCCAUCACCUGGAAGCAGACCGAGCUCCUCGGAUGACGUGAAGAAGGUGAUGAGGCGAGAGAAGAACCGGAUCGCUGCCCAGAAGAGCAGGAUGAGACAGACUCAGAAAGCUGACAGCCUUCACUUGGAGAGUGAAAACCUGGAGAAGGAGAACGCCGCCCUGAGGAAGGAGGUGAAGCAGCUGACCGAGGAAGCCAACUACCUGUCGUCCGUCCUGAGCAGCCACGAGCCACUGUGCACCGGGCUGGCCCCUCAGACCCCCGACCUGCUCUACUCUCCCCAUCAAAGCAGCUUUCACCGCCAGCACAUUGCUGUUCCGCACUACCAGCGCUGAGACCCGCCCGCCUCCAGGAGGACCAUGCUGCCAGAACAGAAGACCCACCUCAGAGGAGAAAGACUGACCACAGACGUGUCUGUAAUUGUUAGUAAAGAACUAUAACAUGACGUAUUUAUUUCGCUCCUGCUCACUUUUUUUUCCUUGCUUUCUGAUUGUGAAUCGAAACAGUCAAUGUUUACACGGAGAGAAUAGUGCACGCUCAGGUGACUCACAUUUUUGUAAAUUAUGCUUUUAUUUUGUAGUGUCAUGGAGAACACCCUUUUUGUCACCAUGUCAUGUCUUGUGCUCCAAGUAUUAUGUGUUUUUGUGUGUACAUGCUCAGGAUUUUAAUGUUUUUUUUUUUAAUUUAAUUUUGACAGACGUUGAUUGUGGACAAAAAGAAUGUAAAGUCAAGAUUCUUAGAACAAAUCAGGCAGUGCAGGGAGAACGGACCUGACUUGUUUACUGGUUAUGAAUCAGUAUCAGGAAGAUCCUGCAGAGGUAUUUAUUAUUGUCAUAUGUGAUGCUUUUUGGGACUGAUCAUCUGCAGGGCACUUUUUUUGUUAUUUUUGCUCCUGUUUUUGUUUGUUACAGCUGUGUAAAGUCUGCACAGAUUUUGAUAACAGAAAAGGCAACAUGUUUUUCUUUUUUUUUUUUUCUGGAGUCCAUAGAUGGCGCUGUGUACAUUGUGAGAGAUGAAGUUUAUAUUUAUAAACAGAAUUUGUAGGCUGCCUUAUGUGGAAAGUAAUUCAACACAACUGAGGCAUUCGUGCCACUUCUUUCUUGUGUAUCCUGUUUAUGGUGAAUAAACAACUCGUUAUCUCUA